AGUGUGUUGGGCAUAACACGUGUGCACUGUGAUGUCAAUACAGGACCGUCUAACCGUCGUGUGUUUCUCGUUUCAUGAUUACCGAGCCAUGCCGAAGGCGCGCGCGCCGGUGCGCGGCCGCGCAGUGAGCCAGCCGGACGGCGCUGCGCGCGCCCGCCGCCAAUCCACGCGGCGCCAGUCCGGCGCGUCAGUCCCCGCCGGGCCCCGGCGGCGAGCAGCCGCGCCGCCCCGCGGCAGACAGCAGUCGGAGCCGGCCGCUACGCAGCGGCCCGCUGUCGCCGGGCAGGCGGUCGUGCUCGACGCCGCUCAGUUGCGGGCCGUCGUCGCAGACGUCGUGCGGGACGCGCUGCAGACCGUCGGCCCGACCGCUGCCUGUGGCUCUACCGGGCUCGCGGGCUGCCGCGACGCCGCCGGACCCUCAGCACAGCAGGAUACGCCGCCGACCACUACACGUUCGCCAUCGCCGCCGCCGGCGCUGCCGCCGCCAAUGGCACCGCCGCCGCCGCCUCUACCACCACCAUCGGCGACACCUCCGACCGGCUCUCCGCCACAUCUGCCAGGUGUUCCGGGAAGUGCGGCCGUCGGCCGACGCGGAGCCGACAUCAUGGGACUGGGCCGACUUCGCUAUGCUGCAGACGUGACUGCACUGGAGGCAGCGGCCUUGGCACCGGCAACAGCGCGUGCUUACCGCGGGACGUGGGACCGCGUCCGCCAUUUUAUCGGCAUCGGCCCGGCCAUUCCCCUCUUCCCAAUCCCCACUGCGACGGUGAUCGACUUCAUCGGGGCCUGUUUCCGGGCUGGCAAUGAAAAGCUGGCACAUGUGCUGAUGGAGAUGAGGGAGGAACACGUCGCGUUCGGGCCGCCAGGAGGCCAGGCUGGCCCACCGACCAUCCACGAAGAGGAGCUAUGGGUGGAGGGCGUAAAGGUGGCCCAGUUUGAGAGGUUCAUGUCAAAGGCGGACCAAUAUCUGACCUGGGGGGCUGUGACCGCCGCAUCGUGCGGACGUGCCUCUGUCCUGUCGUAG